CAAGAGCAUUUGUUUUCUUCUUCUUCUUUUUAACUAACAGAUCUUAAUUUUAAAAUAAAUAAACAAAUAAAACAAGUUUCUUCUCUUAAAAAUGAGACCCCAAAAUUCUUUAUCGGCUCACAUUCCGAUUUGAGGCCGGCUCUCUCUCACCUCUUCGUCGCCGUCUCCAGAAACUCAGAUCUGAACUCCAAGCGACCUUCCCGAGGCUUCUCUCCUACUUACCCGAGCUUCCUCAGGAGUGUUUCUUUUACUUGAUUUUGACCAUUUUAAUGGCGAAUUCUCGUCAAUACUAUCCAUCUCUAGAUGAAUCAGCGUCUCCAACCUCCGCGAGAUCCAGAGAAUGGGAAGGUCCUUCGAGAUGGACUGAGUACUUAGGACCUGAAAUGGCUCCAUCGGUGUCGUCUCGAAGCUCCAAGCAUACUAGCGCUGAUGGACAUGUUCAGAGCUCUGCUGCUGGUGCUUCGACCAAGGCUUUGAACAUACAGUGGGUGGUUCAGAUGAUCGAGGUUGCGGAGGGAAUCAUGGCGAAAAUGUAUAGGCUGAAUCAAAUCUUGGAGUAUCCUGAUCCUGUUGGUCAUGUCUUCUCUGAAGCGUUUUGGAAAGCGGGUGUGUUUCCUAAUCAUCCGAGGAUUUGCACGUUGCUCUCGAAGAAGUUUCCUGAGAACUUUACCAAAUCGCAACUCGAACGUAUUGAUAAGUUUUCGCUGGAUAGCUUGCAAGAUGGUGCUGAACUUCACUUACAGAGCUUAGAGCCAUGGAUACAGCUGCUGCUCGACUUGAUGGCAUUUCGCGAACAGGCACUACGGCUCAUAUUGGACCUAAGCAGCACUGUAAUUACCUUGCUGCCUCAUCAGAACUCACUUAUACUGCAUGCAUUCAUGGAUCUCUUUUGUGCAUUUGUCCGAGUCAAUCUUUUCGCAGAGAAGAUUCCUAGAAAAAUGUUGCUGCAAGUCUACAAUCUUCUGCAUGCGUUAUCAAGAAAUGAUCGAGACUGUGACUUUUAUCACCGAUUGGUGCAAUUCAUAGAUUCUUAUGAUCCUCCAUUGAAAGGCUUACAAGAGGAUUUGAAUUUUGUCAGUCCGAGGAUUGGAGAGGUCUUGGAAGCCGUAGGACCCAGUAUUUUUCUUUCUGCAGAUACAAGGAAGUUGAGAAACGAGGGAUUUUUAAGCCCAUAUCAUCCACGAUUCCCAGACAUACUUACAAAUUCUGCUCAUCCCAUGAGGGCGCAGGACCUUGCAAAUGUUACUUCGUACCGAGAAUGGGUGCUUCUUGGAUAUCUCGUUUGUCCUGAUGAGCUUCUUCGUGUUACUAGCAUUGAUAUCGCCCUGGUUGUGCUAAAGGAAAACUUAGUGGUGACUUUAUUCCGAGAUGAGUACAUCAUGUUGCAUGAGGACUACCAGUUGUAUGUUUUACCUCGUGUGUUAGAAUCAAAGAAGAUGGCAAAGUCUGGUCGGACUAAGCAAAAGGAAGCUGAUCUAGAAUAUAGUGUAGCAAAGCAAGUUGAGAAAAUGAUUAGUGAGGUGCAUGACCAAGCAUUGCAAUUAUGUGAUACCAUACACCGAGAAAGAAGAAUAUUGCUGAAGCAGGAAAUAGGGCGGAUGGUUUUAUUUUUCACAGAUCAACCAAGUUUGUUGGCUCCAAACAUUCAGAUGGUAUUCUCUGCAUUGGCUUUGGCCCAAUCUGAGGUUCUUUGGUAUUUUCAACACGCUGGUAUUGCAUCAUCAAGAUCCAAAGCUACUCGAGUGAUACCAGUUGACAUAGAUCCAAAUGAUCCAACCAUUGGCUUCCUGCUUGACGGAAUGGACCGUCUCUGUUGUUUAGUGCGCAAGUACAUCGCAGCUGCUCGAGGUUAUGCAUUAUCAUACCUUUCUUCAUCUGCUGGAAGGAUUCGUUACUUGAUGGGCACUCCUGGAAUCGUGGCUCUGGACCUUGAUCCAACAUUGAAAGGCCUUUUCCAGCGUAUUGUGCAACAUCUUGAAACUAUACCCAAAUCGCAGGGAGAAAAUGUUUCUGCAAUCACAUGCGACCUCUCUGAAUUCCGAAAAGAUUGGUUGUCCAUUUUGAUGAUUGUGACUUCUUCUCGAUCAUCAAUAAACAUCAGACAUCUGGAAAAAGCCACUGUCUCUACAGGGAAGGAGGGCUUGCUAUCUGAAGGAAAUGCAGCUUACAACUGGUCCAGAUGUGUUGAUGAGAUAGAGUCUCAAUUAUCAAAGCAUGGAAGUUUGAAGAAACUAUAUUUUUACCAUCAACACCUCACAACUGUUUUCAGAAAUACAAUGUUUGGACCAGAAGGGCGUCCCCAGCAUUGUUGUGCAUGGCUUAGUGUAGCUAGUAGCUUCCCGGAGUGUGCUUCGCUAAUAAUUCCGGAGGAGGUUACCAAAUUUGGGCGAGAUGCAGUGCUUUACGUCGAGUCUCUUAUUGAAUCAAUAAUGGGAGGACUAGAGGGACUAAUAAAUAUUCUUGAUUCAGAAGGCGGGUUUGGCGCUCUGGAAUCACAGCUUCUUCCAGAACAAGCUGCAGCGUAUCUAAAUAAUGCAUCUAGAAUUUCUGCUCCUUCAAUGAAAUCCCCCAGGGUUGUAGGCGGAGGUGGGUUCACUUUGCCCGGCCAUGAGAGCUAUCCUGAGAAUAAUAAAUCUAUCAAGAUGUUGGAAGCUGCGAUCCAAAGGUUGACUAAUCUCUGUUCCAUUCUGAACGACAUGGAGCCUAUUUGUGUUAUAAAUCACGUAUUUGUCCUAAGAGAGUACAUGAGAGAAUGCAUCCUCGGGAACUUCAAGAGAAGAUUUCUUACUGCACUACAAACUGAUAAUGAUCUUCAACGGCCAUCUGUGUUGGAGUCUCUUAUCAGGCGGCAUAUGGGCAUAGUACAUUUGGCAGAGCAGCACGUUAGCAUGGAUCUAACCCAAGGCAUCCGAGAAAUUUUACUCACAGAAGCAUUUUCCGGGCCUGUUUCUUCUUUGCAUUUGUUCGAAAAACCUGCUGAACAACAGCAAAACACUGGAUCCGCCGUCGAAGUUGUGUGCAACUGGUACAUGGACAAUAUCAUCAAAGACGUGUCUGGAGCAGGAAUAAUCUUUGCUCCGAGGCACAAAUACUUCAAAAGUGCUAGACCAGUUGGAGGGUAUUUUGCAGAGUCAGUCACUGACCUCAAGGAACUACAGGCGUUUGUUCGUAUAUUUGGCGGCUAUGGAGUAGACCGGCUGGAUAAGAUGAUGAAAGUACAUACAGCUGCCCUGGUAAACUGCAUAGAAACAUCUCUGAGGUCAAACAGGGAAUUGAUUGAAGCAGCUGCUGCAAGUAUGCAUUCUGGUGACAGAGGGGAGAGAGAUUCAUCUAUUAGGCAGAUAGUGGAUUUGGAUACUGUGAUAGGAUUUUGUAUUGAAGCUGGUGAAGCGUUGGCUUUUGAUGAGCUCCUAGCCGAAGCUUCUGGAGCUGUUCUUGAAGACAAUGCGUCCUUGAUUCACUCGAUGAUCUCCGGCAUCGUUGAGCACAUACCCGAAGAAGUACCUGAAAAGAAAGAGAUCAGAAGGAUCAAAGGCGUGGCAAAUGGUAAUGGUGUAUCUGGGGAUCAUGACUCUGAAUGGGUUAGAUUAAUCCUCGAAGAAGUUGGAGGCGCAAAUGACAACUCAUGGAGUUUGUUACCUUACUUUUUCGCCUCGUUCAUGAGCUCAAACGCCUGGAACACUACUGGCUUCAACAUCGAGACUGGCGGAUUCAGCAACAACAUACAUUGCUUGGCUCGGUGUAUAAGUGCUGUUAUAGCAGGAAGUGAGUAUGUAAGGUUACAACGUGAAUACCAGCAGCAGAAUCAGUCCCUCUCCAACGGUCAUCAGUCUAGUGAAAAUCUAGACUCAGAGUUUCAACCCCGUGUAUCCGCUGAAGCAAGCAUCAAAUCUUCAAUGUUACUCUUUAUUAAAUUCGCUGCGUCGAUCGUGCUAGAUUCGUGGAACGAAGCAAACAGAUCGCAUCUUGUGGCUAAGCUUAUCUUCCUAGAUCAACUCUGUGAGAGUUCACCGUACCUCCCAAGAAGCUCCCUUGAAUCGCAUGUUCCAUACACAAUCCUAAGGUCAAUCUACACUCAAUACUAUUCCAACACACCUUCCACACCGCUGGCAACUGCAUCCCCACACCAUUCCCCAUCUGUGUCGCUCAUCCACGCUUCUCCUUCCAUGAAAACCUCGACCACUCCCCGUGGUAGUGGUGGCGGCAGUAGCACUGCAGCAGCUGCGGAUUCAGGGUACUUCAAAGGCUCAUCAUCCUCACUCUACAGUCAGGAACACUAUAACGAACCGGAGGCAGGAAACUCAAGGAGCAGUGAAAACAACAAGAGCAAACAAAGGGGAAAUUCUCGUCGUUCUGGACCGUUGGAUUACAGCACGACCCAUAAAGGAGGGUCAGGAUCAAACAGCACAGGUCCUAGUCCACUUCCAAGGUUUGCUGUCUCUAGAUCUGGUCCCAUCUCAUAUAAACAGCACAACUAAGUAAAACAACACUGCCACAUUCUACAAAAUGUGAAAAGAUAAAAAAGAAAACGAUUGUGUAGAGAGAUUAGAUUAUUGUACAAAUCCUUGGCAUCACACUUUUGUUAAUUGUUAUGCAUCCUUAUUAUGUUUUGGAUCAUUUGAACUUGUAAUCCGGAAAACCAAUUAUGCUUAUCUUAUGUUGUUCACUUUCAUCAUUCUGUUAUUUACGUAUAAAAUUUAAACUAAU